AUGGUGCCAAUCGUGAGCUUCAUCCUGGCGAGCCCGGAGCGCACAGCUCUGGUCCUCGUGCUCCUACUGGUCUUGCGUCUGGCUUACUCGGCCAUCUACAACAUCUUCUUCCAUCCCAUAGCGCACUUCAAAGGACCUCUGCUAGCGAAGAUCAGCCCCUUGUACAAGAUCCAAUGGGAGCUCAACUCCAACCGAGUGCUCGCGAUCGAAAGGUUACUACGACAAUAUGGAAGUCCGGUACGCAUCGGGCCCAACGAGUUGGCAUUCGCAGAUGAGAAGUCGUACAUCGACAUCUACGGCCAACACUCCAAUCCGUGCCCGAAGAGUCCCGCAUACAACCUCUUCUCCUCAACGGAGUGCGGGAAUCUGUUCAGCAUGCGAGACCGCAAGGAACACGCGCGCCUCCGAAGAUUCUUCGCGCCGGCAUUCUCCGCCCAAAGCCUGAGAGCCUCCGAAGGUCAAAUCGCCGAGCGGAUCGAUUGGUUCGUCGAGCGGGUCAUUUUGCCCGCGACUGAAUCGUCUCAGCCGCUGGAGAUGUUCGAAAGCAUCUACCGCCUGAACCUCGACAUCAUCAGCCUCCUCAGCUUUGGGAAAUCGCUCGACACGCUCAAGGGUGAGAAUCGAAUCGCAGUUCGCGGAGUCAAAUCUUUCACCACCAUCAUCCCACUCACCGCCAUGCUCCCCAUCCUACGCUAUCUUCCCACGGAUACCAUCCGCCAAGGGUUCCGCGGCCUCCACGAGCUCGAGGAAUUGACCCGCGCCUGUCUGACCGCCUACAAGUCCCGCAUCGACGCCGGCGAGAUCAAGGAUGAGGAGAGCCGCUCACUCGUCUACAACCUCCUCACGGCGUCGGACCCCGAGGGCGGCGCCAACCUGACCAUGGAUGAGCUCGUUGCGAAUUGCAUCGUCUUCCUGGUCGGCGGCACCGACACGACGACCAUCACCGUCUGCUACGCGUUCUGGGAGCUCGGCCGACGCCCCGAGAUCCGCGCGAAGCUGCGGAAGGAGAUCCUCGCCGCGUUCCCGGAUCCCGGCGUCAUGCCUACGUACGAGCAGACCUCCAAAUUGGCCUACCUGAACUGCGUCAUCGCCGAGACCCUCCGCCUCUGGGGCCCCCUCAGCACCGCGCGCGCCAUGCGCGUCUCCCCCGGCCGCGUGCUCGGGAGGCACUUCGUGCCCGGCGGGGUGAAGGUCUGCACGAACAUGUACGCGGCGGCGCGGGACCCGGACGUCUACGGCGACGCGGAGAACUUCAUCCCCGAGCGCUGGCUGGCGGCGACGGGGCGGAUGAGGAACAUGUCCCGCCCGUUCUCGCUGGGCCCCGCGAUGUGCGUGGGCAAGCCACUCGCCGACAUGAACAUCUCGUUGGCGCUGGCGAGGAUCCUCCAGGUGGUGGAUGUGCGGUUGGAAGCUGGGGUCAUGCGCGACGAUAUGAUGCGCACGAGGGACAAGGGCAUCUUACACCCUUGGGAUGAGAAGCUUGUCGUUCGGGUGAAGAGGGAUUGA